AUGGUCCGUCUAAGGGAAAUCCCAAGGACUGCGGCCUUUGCCUGGUCUCCAGGUCCAAAAUCUCCACUGGUAGUUACGGGAACAAGGGCUGGGGCUGUUGAUGCAGAUUUUUCUGAUGAGACGAAGUUGGAGCUUUGGGAUCUGAGCUUGGAUAACGAUGAGCAGGGUGUGGAAUUACAACCUGUUGCUAGUAUUAGCACAGAUUCUAGAUUCCACGAUAUUGCAUGGGCACCAGCAAACGCAGACCAUCCACGGGGCAUAAUCGCAGGCGCACUUGAGAAUGGAUCUUUAGAUUUAUGGGAUGCAGAGAAACUCAUACAAGGAGCUGAGGAUGCUUUCAUGUCCAGAACAACGAAACAUACGGGUGCUAUCAAGUCCCUUCAGUUCAACCCAUUGAAGCCACAAAUCCUGGCCACUGCAGGCUCUAAGGGCGAGCUGUUCAUCUACGACGUGAACGAUAUCUCGAACCCAUUUAGAUUGGGUACAGCCGCAGCACGAUCGGAUGACCUCGAAUGCGUCGCAUGGAACAGAAAGGUUCCCCAUAUUUUAGCAACUGGUGGAAGCGGAGGAUACGUCACGGUUUGGGAUUUGAAGACCAAGAAGGCUUCUCUACAAUUGAGCAACAAUCGAAAAGCAGUAGGAGCAAUUGCAUGGGACCCAAACAAUGCGACCAAACUGUUGACUGCUACACCCGAUGAUUCUACGCCAGUCAUUCUUUUGUGGGAUCUCAGGAACUCAAAUGCGCCCGAGCGGACUUUACAAGGACAUAUUCAAGGAAUUCUAUCAUUGUCUUGGUGUCAGCAAGAUGCCGAUCUUCUGAUAUCUUGUGGUAAAGACAACCGAACUCUACUCUGGAAUCCUCAAACUGGGGAGCAAUAUGGAGAAUUCCCUGAGGUUACCAACUGGACUUUCCAAACUAGAUUCAAUCCCCACAACCCCGCGUUGUCUGCCACUGCCUCAUUCGAUGGGAAGAUAGCCAUUCAAACUUUACAAAACACAAACCCUAGCGCAUCCCAAGCUCCCGUUGUAGGCCCCAUUGAUGGCGAGGACUUUUUCACCAAGGCCCAAACUGAGCCUCAAGGAGCUUCGUUCUCGUUAAACAAAGCCCCUAAAUGGCUUGAACGACCAGUUGGAGCUUCUUUCGGAUUUGGUGGCAAAUUGGUGAGCUUUAGCUUGUUAGCUACCGCAGCAGGAAAGCCUAGAUCUUCCAAGGUUCAGAUUUCUCAGUUCACAGUUGAUUCAGACGUAGGGUCUGCUACCGAAUCUUUCGAAAAUGCGCUGAAGGCUGGGGAUAUCAAGAAUAUUUGCGAAACUCAUAUUGAUCAGGCCAAGACAGAGGAAGAGAAAGCAGACUGGAAAGUUAUUGAGACAUUAAUCGCGGCAAAUCCUCGAAAACAAGUCACCGAAUACCUUGGCUUCUCUGAAGUGGACGAAAUUACGAAUGGUGUAUCAGGACUUGACGUAGAGGAUGCCGAAAAGACGGAAGCAAGUCCAGUUGAGGCUAACGAAGAAGCUGCAAAGAAUAACAGGCUAUCUACAUUCUUCGAUGGCGCCGAAGGGGAUGACUUUUUGACGGAUAUCGCUGCAACUAAGGAAGCCAAGACUGACAAUCCUUUCCAUUUAUUCGCUGAAUCCGAUUCGGCCUCGGAAAAACAAAUUACCAAAGCCUUGAUGCUUGGCCAAUUUGAAAAAGCGAUGACGGUCUGCCUUAAGGAGGAUCGCAUUGCGGAUGCAUUCAUCAUUGCCAAUUGUGGCGGAAAGGAGUUGUUAGACAAGGUUCAAGCAGCCUACCUCGCCAAAAAGGCAGAAGGACCCAACUAUCUACGACUCUUGACCUCCGUGAUUGGCAAAAACUUAUGGGACAUUGUAUACAAUGCUGACCUCGAGAAUUGGAAAGAGUCGAUGGCAACAUUAUGCACAUAUGCCGAUCCAGCUCAGUUUCCAGAUCUCUGCGAAGCACUUGGUGAUAGACUCCUGGAAUCAGGCGAUGCAAAGGAUGCUUCUUUCUGUUUCUUAGUUGGCUCAAAAUUGGAGAAGGUCAUCUCCAUCUGGAUUUCGGAACUUCAAGAAAAUGAGAAACAUGGCAUCGAAGAAGAAGAGGGCGAUUCCACAUUUUCUGUGCAUGCAAAGUCACUCCAAAAUUUUAUUGAGAAAGUCACGGUAUUCCGCAAUGUUACCAAGUUCCAGGACACAGAGCAAAGUUUGACGUCGGACUGGAAAUUGGCAGCUUUGUACGACAAAUAUACAGAGUAUGCUGAUAUCGUUGCGGCUCAUGGUCAUCUUUCCAUCGCCGAGCGAUAUCUUGAUCUACUUCCAGCUCAGUACCCAGCCGCAGAGGUUGCAAGAGACCGAGUUAAGCGUGCAUCGAGGAAGGUUGCCCCUUCCGCUGCCACUAGACAACCAACUGCAACCUCAAGAGUUCCUGCUCGUGCUCAACCAGCUGCCUAUCAACAACCAGCUCCUGUCACUAUGGCGCCUCCAACACAAUCUGCUCCAAACCUAUAUGCUCCACCUACAGCAGCUGCAUCGGCUUCUAAUCCUUAUGCUCCACCGACUUCAGGUGCUUCUAAUCCCUAUGCACCACCAAAUUCAGGUGCUUCUAAUCCAUAUGCACCUGUUACAAAUGCCUACGCACCACAAGGCUACCAACCGCCACAACCAUCUCAACCAGCUUAUGCACCUUCGUACGGAGCAUAUGGGGCAGCCCCGACUGGUUACGGCGCACCACAACAAUCAUUUGCAGCUCCUCCUCCAAGAAACACAACCCCAUCAGCUCCACCUCCACCCAAAGCUAAAGACGUAACAAAUUGGAACGACACACCUUUCGUAACGAAGGUUCCUGUUGCCAGGAGGAGUACCCCUGUCACCAACCCGUUCCCCAAUCAACAAGGCGUCUCAAUGCCACCUCCAGCAAAUCCAUAUGGUGCUUCCAGAGCGACACCUCCACCUCCACCUCCUAAGGGGUCAGCUCCACCACGUGUUAGUUCGCCAUUGACGACCGCACCACCACCAAGACCAUCCUCCACGGCCAAUGCAUAUACUCCACAGGCACCACCUCCUACUCAAUCACCAUAUGCAUCGAUACCACCACCUACCAUUCCUCGCGGGGCUUCUCCAUACAACCCUCCACCUGCCGGCGCUGCACCAACAAGCAGAUACGCUCCAGCUCCAUCCACACAACAAUACCCUCAGCCACCCCAAUCAAACAUCGCCCCACCUCUUCAAGGAGGUAUGAGACCACCUCCACCUAAUCCAUAUACAUCACCGUUAGCUGCGCCACCUAGCCAUUACGCGCCAUCUCAGUCGCCAUACGCGAGCCAACCUCCACCUGCGCAAUUCCAAAAUCAAGGUCCUCCGCAAGGUCCACCACAGGGAUCUCCAAUGGGUGGCUCUCGACCACCAUCUGGGCCUCCUAAGGCUCCUGCUGUGGCAGCUCCUCCACAAAAACCCAAGCACCCCGCUGGUGAUCGAUCACAUAUUCCCACAUCUGCUCAAAGAAUGGUUGACAUUUUCACCAAUGAUAUGCAAAGAGUAGUUUCGAAAGCUCCAGCAAAUUUCGCCCCUCAAGUAAAAGAUACUCAGAAACGUCUCAACAUUUUGUUUGAUCACUUGAAUAAUGAAGAACUGGUGAAGCCCGAUACUAUCGAGAAGUUGACCGAGUUAGCGGAAGCACUCCAAUCCGGAAACUACGAUGUAGCAAGCAGGAUGCAAGUUGACAUUCAACGUGAAAAGACUGAUGAGUGUGGUAACUGGAUGGUCGGUGUUAAACGAUUGGUUAGCAUGAGCAAAGUUACUCCGUAG